AUGAUACCCGAAAACACCGUUAUACCGGAGGUCGCGUUCAUCGGCAGGAGCAACAUUGGAAAGUCUAGUUUGAUCAAUGGCCUUGUCAAUCGAAACGGACUUGUCAAAACCUCAAGUAAACCUGGCCACACGCGGAUGAUGAACUUUUUCAAGGUGGGCGAGAAGCUGUCCUUGGUCGACAUGCCAGGAUACGGCUGGAAAAGUCGGGAUGAAUGGGGAGGCAUGAUUCUCAACUACCUGCAGAACAGGAGAAACUUGAGGAGGAUAUAUAUUCUUGUGGACCCAUCCCAUGGACUCAAGGAGAGUGAUACCCAGAUCAUGCAACUCUUGGACGGAUCGGGCCUCUCAUAUCAAGUGGUGUUGACCAAAAAGGAUCGACUCUCAGUGACAAAGUACAAUGCUGCCAAGGCAGAGAUCGAGGCACAAUUGGUCAGAGAUGCGAUCUGUUGUUUCCCUAUGGUGCUCGGCGUCAGUAGUCGGACCAAAGAUGGACUAGAUGAGUUGCGAGCUGCGAUCAUCAAGGCAGGGCAACUAUCGCUAUAG